AUGAAGUGCAGUGCAGCAGGUGCUGAGGACGCGGGCGCGCUGCUCGUGGGAGGUUUGGAUAGCAGUAGGCCUGUCAAAAUUGAUGGACUGGGGACAUUUGCUGUUGUUAGAGAGCGAGUACAGAAUAGAAAGAAUGACCUUGUGGUUGUUGAGAGACCAGUGUUUCAUCUUUCAAGGGCUCUUGCAAAGGCUCAUGAUCUCCCAUAUGACAACAAAGAUAUUCCUGAACGUAACCACGCUGAGCAAUUGCAGUACGCUCGGAUAGCCUCGGACAUGUCCGUUUCUCAGAGGACAGUGCAGGACUGCAUAGAAAAGACCAUGCGUCUUUUCUCUCUCUGCAUAGAAAAUGGCAAGAAUGUUGCCUUCGUUUUGAAUGACAUUGGCAUGCUUGUUAUCCAGGGGAAAGAUGUGAAAAUAAGAUUCUAUAAAGACUUUCUGAAAAGACUGAAUGGGACUGAAAAAAUGCUAGAAACUCUUCUUGGGAUGCCAGAUAUGAAGGAUUCUGUCCUGUCAGGCACUGAGACUGCAGCUUCCCAGACCCGCUCUGGAAGUGUCAUUGUCUUUCCACAGUAUGAACUUCAGAUUGUGCGACCUGCCGUAGAAGGACCCGCAGAGCUCACCCAAGAACAGGAGACAGAUAAGGAUGCUAAUGACAACAAAAAAGGGACACUUCUUGCCAAUCACCUUCUCUCUAGAGAGAGGCAUUCUUCACUCAUAAAGACUUCUGUUGAUAAGGAAGAAGAAAAGAUGCAGAAAAAUAAGGGAAAAGGGCUUCCUGGCAGUCAACCAUCACCAAUUCAGUAUAUCUCAGUGAAGAAGGAGGAAGACAAAAAGAAAGAAAUCUCUUAUUCUGGACCACAACUUGUAAACUUCAUUGCUGAAGCUCUUAAGACAAAAGAUCAGAAAGCAACUCAAAGCCCUUCUGCCAGCAUGAGGAGGAAGGUGACCAGCCCAGAUCUCAUAGAGAGAAUGAUGGGAACCAUGAAAGAGGAUGGAGAAUCAUCUUCAGAGGACGAGGGUGACAACUCACUGGCAAUACCUUCCAAAAGGACAAUUUCCCCAGGGACGAACCAGGCCCUGCGCAAGGUAGUGACAUGCAUCCUGGGACAGGUUGACAGAAGCCGGAGAGGACACAGACAUGAAGAGAAGGAUCGAGAAGAUAAGCUGAAGUGUGAGCUCGCUGUUUUGCAGUGGCAAAUGUCCAGGAAAAAGAAAGAUCAAGCCAAUGACAUUCCUGUAACUGGACCCAAAUCUACACAAGCAAUUUGUGACAGUCAUGAGAGAUCAGAACAGAAACCCACUGCUUAUCGGGGCACCAUUCAAAUCCCUUUUGCCACCAGUAGGAAGAACGUGAGCAGCACAGAUUUCACUGAGAGAGUGCUAGGGACCUGGAAAGGGAAUGGAGAAUCAUCUUCAGAGGAAGAUGGUGGCAACUUACUGGAAAUACCACCAAGAAGGCACAUUUCUCCUAGAAAAACGCAGGCAUUGCUCACAACGCCAACAUCUCUGAUGAAGAACGUCACACAGGGACAGAUAAGAGAUAACAGUAGGUAG